GGCUCAGAGCCAAGUUCUGCUUCUGUAAGAGGCGGCCUCACUUCUCUUUUGCACCCCAAGCCAGGGUGCAAAGACCACCCCAGAGAGUCGGGUGGAAGACAACAGGACUCAGGGCUUGUCUGCAUGGCCCAGGGAGUGCUCUACACUGACCUGAGGUUUGCCAAAGGGCCAGGGGGCCGUGGCACAGCCAACCAGGCUCUGGAGGCAGCCCUGGGGAUGGAUGAGGCUGAGAGUCCCCACGAGAACAUAACACCAGAGCUGAUGCCUGUGGGGACUGCAGGGGAAGGGGCCCAGCACAGUCCAGGGUGCUGUUCCCGCAGGCGCUGUGUCCCUGCGGGGCUACUGGCUGUCAAUCUACUGCUGCUGGUGGCCGCCAUGGUGCUAGGAGCCUGCUACUGGAAGGUGACUCGCCAACUACAGGACACAUCCCUGGAGCAGGUGGCCGAGCGCGGCCGCUUCUCACAGGAGGUGCGGAUGCGGGACCAGAGCCUGGAGCAGAUGCGGCAGGAGCUGGCACAAGUGCAAGAGGAGCUGCAGCAAGCAUGGAAACUGGGCAACAACAGCCAGCUGGAGCUGGGCAGGUGGGAGGCCGAGCUGGCGCAUGUCUCAGGGGCCCUGGCUGCAACCCAGAAGGAGCUGAACAGCGUGCAGGGAAGGCUGAACGCUAGUGAGAGCACCGUGACCCUGCUGCGCUCCUGCACGGCUAUAGACUGCUGCCCCUCAGGCUGGCUGCUGUACCGGGGAAAGUGCCUCUUCAUCUCAACAGAUAAGAAGACAUGGGAUGACAGCAGAGCAGAGUGUGAGGAGAAGUACUCUCAGCUCCUGAUCACCAAAUCCUGGAGUCGCUGGACUGUGCCGAGCUUCCUGAAGAAUGCGGACGUCGCGUACUGGAUUGGGCUGCAGAAGAGCAGGUACCCUUGGUACGAAUAUGACUGGCUGGAGGAAGGAGAACCAGACGGUGAAGGGCUGACGGACGCCUGGUUCUGGGUGGACGGCUCGCUUUAUGAGAGACCCUGGCAGCCGAAGUCCAACGGGUCAUGUGCCGUCAUCAGUCGUGGGAACAUCAAACCGGCGCCGUGUGAGGGGCCAGACGACCUGCACCUCUGGAUCUGUGAGAAGGCAGCAGGGCCCAGCUCCCCGUUCAUAGGAUGAGAGCAGUGACACGGCCAGCUCACCCCAUGCGCCCGCACCCUCUCUGCUUCAGCUUUCAUGCAGCACAGGAGCCCAAGAAUGGAGCUACUGCUGGCGUUGGCAUUUGGGUGUUAUUGCUUAUUAGAGAGUAGAGCAGUGACCUUUAGGAUGGCAUAAUUUGGCUAUGCACUUCCAAAGCAGCAUCCUGCGCCAGACACUUUGCAAGACAAGUCAUUGGGAAUUUAAAUAGCUGCCAUGCACGUGCAGAAUAGCCCCGAUUUAUGUUCAGCCUGGCGAGAGCAGAGGAAGUUGUGUUCUAUUACGGGGUUGCGCGUGCCAUAUUUAGUUGAUUAAUUGGUAUGUAAAUCUCUUUGCUUGAAGAGCACAAGCUGUUAAAGGCAUUUUAGAGGUGCACGUGUCGCUCCACAUUGUCCGCUGGUUGACCUCAUACUGUAACAAAUAAAGAGACAAAGCUUGUCUCCUGCUUGCUUUCUUCUUUACUGCUAAGACAGAUUCCACAGUGCAAAUCCAAUUAUCAUAGAAUCAUAGAAUCAUUAAGGAUGGAAAAAACCACUAAGGUCAUCUCACACAAAUGUCAGCCCAUCUUCACCUGCCUACUGAAUAUGUCAAAAAACUACCAUACCAUAAAUUGGAAUUGCCCAAACCACAAACUGGAAUUUCUCCAAAGCUGAGUCAACUGAGUUGGCCACUUCAGUGACACUGAACCAAACUUGCCCCAGUGGCAC